AUGAUGCUGCGUGGAAUAACAAGGGUAAUAAUUUGUUUAACAUUCUUUUAUAGGAUUUGCAUUAAGAAAGUUGAAUAAAUGUUAAGAAGCCAUUGAAUGCUACGACAAAGCAAUUUCCAUUAAUCCAAAGUAUGAUAAAGCGUGGUAUAACAAGGGUAAAUUAUAUUAUAUUUCAGGUUAUGUCUUACAUUAACUAUAGAAAUAUAAUGAUGCAAUCUCAUGUUACGAUCAAGCUCUUUCUAUCAAUAUUAAUCCUCUAAGAUUAUAACGAAAAGGUACUUAAAACUAAUAUUUAUAUUUAGCUGACUCAUUAUUUGAAUUAGGGAAGAAAUCAGAAGCUAAACAAUUAUAUUUGUCUGCUUUGGAAAAAGGAUCUAAUGAUAAGAAUUACAUUUAGAAAUAACUAUCAAAGUUAUGA